UAGACACCCUGUCGAGUCAUAUAUGUAAGACAGGUGAAUUAAUCCUGGCCAGGAUAAACUAAGCCUUUUACAUGGAUGUAUUCCAUUCCUAAAGCGUAAUUACACUAGAAGUACCAAUUUCUACAGCAACUUAAAUGUUGAAAUGUGCCGACCCUAUCUAAAACGGUGAAGUUUAGUAAUUGUCCUAAAUUUACCAAACAUUUUCACUAUUCCACAAAAACUUAUAAACACUCUUCCAAAUUUAUUGGAUGGAACACAUCUCUGAAACUUUGUUAUAAAUAAUAAUAUCUUCGUAUUUAAAUUUGUAAGGAAUUAAUCUGGCAAAAUAAAAUAAACAUAAAAUAAACAUAAAAAUAAAAAUAUACUUGCUGUGUAAAUGGGAGACCAAGCUUUUCCAUGAAAUAGUUUUCUAAGACUUUUGUUGAUUCGUUAGAUUGGUGAGGCAUUCCAAAGUUGUGAGUAUCUAUAUAAGCCCUAUAUUGUAUACAAUCUACUUUACACUUUUGUAAACUCCUCGACUUUAUAAAAUUACAUUUUUUGUUCAAAACUAUUUUGCACGUACAAAUUAAAGCACUAAUUUUGUUCUACAUGAUCGAUACAUGUAAGUGUGCACAUUUGUAUCGUCCACCCAGUACAGUUGGAAACAAGGUGUUAAAAAAAUUAGAUAAUUAUCUUCUCCGUGAUUUGUGGUUCUAAUAUUUACGAAUAUUAUUAGAAACAUGAAUUUGGACUUGGACUUGAUUCUUGGCCUGUUGAUAUGGACAAUAAUUAGCCCUGUAGCCUUUCCCUUAAUUUUGAUCGGUCUCCUGCAUAAAUUCAGCAGCUUGUUGAUGGCGAAACUUUUAUACAGAAGAUCCGGAUAUGUAGUUAGCUCGUUCAAUUGUUUGGAUGCAUUAGAAUACACUAGAAAAGAUCGAGGCAUUAUCGGGUACGCGCUACGUUUCGAAAACUCGGUAAAAGGAAGACGACUAGAUAUCGCUAAAUUUCGACACCAUUUCGCCGAAACAUUUAUUAAUAAUGGAAAGUGCAAAAAUUACCCCGUUUUUUACACAAAAUUCGUACCAGUUCUAGGAUAUAUGUAUAAAGUUGCGAAUCUUAAAGAAAACCUGGAUCUGUGCAAAUCUAUUAAGGAAGACAGAAUUUUGGAAGGUGAAACAGAAAAUGAGGCCCUUUCUCGAGCGAUGAGACAGAAUACACAUUUUCACACUCGGUCAACCCAAUGGGAGAUUAUUCUUUUGCGAGUAGAUGUAAAGAGUGAUUUUAUUAUUUUUAAAUUUCACCACGCACUCGCAGAUGCAUAUUCGGUUAGAAGUCUGCUGGAUGUUUUAGGAGGGACGGAGGCACCUUAUCUGGUGAAGGAUUUCAACAUGGGGUUUUUCCAAAGUGUAAAAGCAUGCAUUAAGGGCGUAACUGAGUUUGCAAGAAUCUUAAAUGUUGGACUUGUCGACUGGUUUCCAACGGGUUUAAAUGCUCGCUGUGGCACAACAACUUUAUUCUCCAAGACAACCGUUGAAACUUGGAAAUUGAAGGAAAUAUGCAAAAACACUAAUUCUAGCUUCCUCUCUGUGAUAACGUCACUUCACUUGUGGUCCAUGAGAAACAACUCUGCAUGGCUUGAAAAGCUCGAUAUCCCUGAAAAUAUAUCCCCACAUGCCAUCAUUACGUUUCCACAAGCGUUACCUGGACAUCCCGUAAUAAGAAGUAAAGGACGAGAUUGUUGCAAUCAUAUGUGUCUUGGUCUCAUCAAACUCCCAAUUGAAGAGGAUCCUAAUCCCAUCCAGAUUUUGGGAAGGGUUCAAUUUCUCUACGAAAAUUACCUCGACUCUGAAGCCCCACAAGCUAUCCACCUUAUGCUGAAGACUAUAGGCAUGCUUAUCCCAUUCUAUUGGGGAGAGUGGUUAUCGAAGUUGUUUGCAAAACAGCCACUUUUUGAAACAAUGGUCAACCCUUUCCCAUUCUGGGAAACAAAGUAUCAGCUUCUUGGCAUGAACUUGGAAAAUAUUUACUUUCUUUGCUCCUCACCCUCUCCAAUUUACUCGAAUGGUACGCUUAUAACACCGCUGACAAGAGGAGACAAGACAGAUGUGACGGUUCAUGCAAGCGGAGAGGUUUUUUGCAGUCAAGAUGAAAUAGACGAGCACGUUGCGGGAAAUUUGGUGACCGGAUUAGAAAUAUUCUUGAUGGAAAGUAGAAAAUAUAAGGCAAGAAAUACGUCCAUCUCCUAUGGUUGAUACCGUUAAACCAAUAAUUAUGAAUUCAUCAGAACUAAAUCAUGUAUGUACUAGCUUGGGAUUACAAUUGUUGCAAACUUACGAACCUAAUUAAAAAUUCGCAAGUUAACCAAGCUUUGAAAAAA